AUUGAUGCCCAACUGCGCGGGCCUUGGCUUUCGAAACUGGAGAGGAACUUUCAGCCACUUCUCUCCUCGCGCAACAACCUCUGAACUCUGAGCUCAAUUGUGUCGGGCUGUCUUUCUUCUGCUGGGAUCCCCACCAGCUUCAGGUUUCUUUACUCUCCUUGAGCAGGCAGGCAGGCUGCCAUUCCACUCUUGUUCAAGGCCGAGUUUCUCGCUUCAAUGGUCCGCCGUCCACCGGACAUCAUGGCGGCAAGGGAAGGCCUACCCGUCUCUACGCCUACCGCAGCCCAUCACCCAUCAUCCUCUGGGCCCGAUGCUAGCCAAAAUGCACCAGUCGAUGCGCCUAAUGCCCCCCCUUCACCCACGGAAUCUGGCCCAGCUGCCGAAUCUCUUUUGUCCCCUAAGCGUACCUCCACCCAGCUAGGUUCUGCCCUUGAGUCGGGUAGUCGUCCUAAGCAAACUGAACCUAGUCCAACUGCCACCGCUGGCGAUCCUUCCGGCGAUGAUGUCAACUAUGACCCAGGAUACACAGACAACGACAACCUGUGCGAAACAUGUCACUGCCUACUGGAACCUGACCUUGAACUUGAAGGCUGGGAAGUAAAGGUAGAGCAGUCUUCACCAUCAAACUACCGUCGCAAGGUUACUUCCAAAGAUACUACGAUUUUGACUUGGUCUGGCAAUUUAAAGAACAGCCUAUUCAACGACAAAUGUCCUCUUUGUCGCGAGCUGCUUUGCGGUUUCGACAAUGAGGUAAUCUCUAGAUAUUCUACACAUAAAUUCGGUGCUAUCAAGUCUCUAGGAUCCUCGUGGUGGGGGCGACACUUUGUGGUUUUGCUAGAGGUGCUUGAUAAGCAAGAAAAAUGGUCCAGACCGUCGCAAACGAGUGUUAACCUUUACCCGGAGCGCGAAAAUGGGUUUGUUAAAUCCGACGGUCAAUCUAACGAGUAUUGUCCAUCAAAGCAGGUCACUGGAAAUCCAGGCCCUUUUGGAUCGAACACAGGAUCAGACCUUAGCUGGCAAAUUGCGAGUAGCUGGAUGGCCAAAUGUCUAUCGAGCCAUCAAAGAUGUACCCAAUCGCAGUGUGCGGCCCCACCACUCCCUACAAGAGUUAUUGAUGUCGGGUCUGUGGGUGAGCUUUGUUCACCGCGCCUAAAUGUGGUGACCGAAAACACAUCGGGACGGUAUGCAACCUUGAGUCAUCGUUGGGCAUCUCAAGGAAUGCUGAAACUGGAGGUCAACAACUUUAAAGAAUUUCAACGAGAAAUCCCAUGGAAAUGUCUACCAAAGACUUACCAAAACGCCAUAGAGGCAACACGACGCUUGGGAAUCCGGUACAUCUGGAUAGACUCCCUUUGUAUCAUCCAGGACUCCCCGGAUGGGAAGGACUGGGUCGCCGAGUCAGCAAAGAUGACGAGCGUGUAUGAGAACUCGCACAUCAACUUCGCCGCAGCAGAUGCCGUGGAUUCAACACAAGGUUGCUUUUUCGACCGAGACCCUUCCUCCAUCCGCCCACUUCGCCUUCAUAUCAACUGGGAACACAGUUCAGGAUAUUACUACGCCGCAGGAUCUCACCGGUUUGCAUACAACGUCGCAUCGGCCCCUUUGUACCGGAGAGGAUGGGUUUAUCAGGAGCGAACACUGGCUCCUCGCAUCAUCCACUGCUGCGCCAAACAGCUGUACUGGGAGUGUCUCGAGAGUAUCGCUAGUGAGAGCUUCCCCAAAGGGUUACCGCAUUGUAUAGAAUGCACUGCGGGCUGGCGUGAUUGCGACUGCAAUAAGUGGCAAAGAAUACGACAUCCAGAGUCGGACAUGAACAAAUACCUCUUAGAUGGCUCCAGUCCAUCCUUCAAAAAGUAUUUUGACUCCUUGAUCCUAUGGAACAGGGUGGUAUUUCAAUACCAAGCACUUGAUCUCACAUUCGAGAGCGACAAACUAGUAGCUAUCUCCGGGUUAGCAAGAAUGCACUCGAGGUUUCUCAACACCCAAUACCUUGCUGGACUGUGGCUUGAACAUCUGCCCAUUCAGCUUCUCUGGUAUAGGGACCCGGUGGCUGACCCCGAUACUAGGUCUUACAACGAGUACAUAGCUCCGAGUUGGUCUUAUGCCUCUUUCCGUGGCCCUAUACAGCCGCCAGAUAUUUUAGGUCGCGACCUUUUCCGGAAAAAACCAGAUCAGUCGCACCGGCCUAUCAUUCAGAUUCUGGACGCUACCAUCGCCUUGGUGGAUGAGAAAAAUCCAUUUGGAGCAGUAUCAGGGGGAGCAUUGCGUAUCAGUGGUCCUUUGGCGAAUAUCUCCCUGAUUAAAAAUUGUGGGUUUUCCGGAAUUACAGCAACCUGCAGAAUGGUUAUUACGUAUCCGAAGAGAAUGAAUAUGGUGGGAGACUGCUACAUGGAUAGAAUGCGCUAUGACCGACAGAUGGAGACCAAGCAAAAGCCGAUUUACUUGCUUCCUGUUAUGCUGGACAUGUCUUUCCGUUUGGGAUGGGGCCAAGCGCAUGUCAGUGGCUUAAUGUUAGAAGAGACGACUGACGAAUAUACGUUUCGAAGGGUUGGGGUGUUUGAGGUUCGAAGGCCUAAGGAUAAGAUUGGGAGGUUUAGAAUUCCAAGGGCUAGGCAGAAGGAAGAUGCAUGUGGCGUUCAGAUGUUACAAGAAGCUUGUCGCUCUCAAAAUGGGCUGGAUGAGGAUGGUGAGUUCCCUGAGUGGGGGAAGUUUCGGACUAUUACUCUCGUCUAACUUUCACUCUUUCUUUGUUUUGUGCUUUCAUUUUCUAGUAUUCUGCGUUCUCCUUUUGUGUGUUCUCUCCUUGGUACAGCUCAACGUCUAGUAUGCUUCAAGCGUUCAUGUUCCUUCCUCUGUACCUCUUAGAACCACCAACUGACCCAGACUUCAAACACCAUGUCCCGACUUUCAGCUGUUAUUGACUGACAUCUGCUAGACAUCUAACUUCAAGAUACCUCAGCAGAGCUCUCGAGAUGCCAGCUUCGCCAUACGUUUCUAACUCUUAGUACCGUGCCUAGCUAUUAAACCUCCAACUCGUCUUUUGCCCUCUUAUAUCAUUACCUAGCUAUCUGAAUAUCCUUGCACGAAUUGCAU